AUGAAGUCCCUUCUGUUUACUGCUCUCCUGGUAACCGCAGUCACGAUUGUAGCAGCGCAGAAAUAUACAAAUAAAUAUGACGGGAUAAACCUGGAUGAAAUAUUGACUAAUAAAAAAGUCUUAACGGGUUAUGUCAACUGCGCCCUGGAUAAGGGAAGAUGUUCAGUUGACGGAAAGGAGUUAAAAUCGCACAUAGCGGACGCACUUCGAACCGGCUGCAAAAAGUGUACUGAAGCCCAAAAGCUCGGAACGCAGAAGGUCAUCAGGCACCUCAUAAAACAUGAAAAGGAGGCCUGGGCUAAUCUUCAGAAGAAAUAUGACCCCGUUGGUAUUUACGCAAAAAAAUAUGAAAGAGAACUCAAAGGGAUUUAA